UUGCUGGUGGAACCAAACCUCUGCUUGGGCCACAGUUACAUGUGUCACUGAAACACUGGCCAGAAUCUGUUGUUUGGCAUGAUGUUAUUUAACUGGGAAACCAUGUCAGAAAUUAAAACGUGGGCAUUUUGGAGGGCAGUUCUGGCUGAGUUUCUGGGGAUGAUCAUCUUUAUCUUCAUCGGCCUCUCGGCUGCGAUAGGAGACCGAAACAAUUCCUUCCCCGACCAGGAGAUUAAAGUGGCAUUGGCCUUUGGCUUGGCCAUUGCCACAUCAGCUCAGUGUCUAGGUCACAUUAGCGGUGCCCAUCUGAACCCUGCGGUCACCCUGGGCCUCCUGGCCAGUUGCCAGAUGAGUCUGCUCAGAGCCUUUUUCUACAUGAUCGCUCAGAUUUUGGGAGCAGUGGCUGGCAGUGCCAUUGUGUAUGGUAUCAGGCCUGAAACAACACAUUCACUUGGUGUUAACAAGCUAAAUGGAAUCAGCCCAGGUCAAGGUCUUGGUGUGGAAUUCCUGCUCACCCUUCAGUUGGUCCUGUGUGUGCUUGCAGUCAGUGACAAGAGACGUGAUGUCGGUGGAUUUGCACCUCUGGCCAUCGGAUUGUCUGUAGUGCUGGGACACCUUGCUGGGAUCAGCUUCACAGGAUGCGGAAUUAACCCAGCUCGAACCUUUGGACCUGCAGUUAUACAGGAGUCAUUUAAUGAUCAUUGGGUAUACUGGGCCGGACCAAUGAGUGCCGGUGUGGUGGCGGCGCUUCUGUACAAUUAUCUGCUGGCACCCAGAGAUGAACCAUUCAGGGAAAAAGCAAGAGUGCUGUUCUGCUGUGGCUCAACACAGGAAAAUGGAAUUUGUGAGCCCCUUCUAGAGGAUGUUUGAGAGUGGUCAAAGGAGAUUCUUGUGUGAAAAUGAUUACUUUAUACUGCUGAUUUUUGAAUCAAAUAAAAUACUUUUUCAACAUC